AUGGCUUCUUAUGCAACGUCUCCUCUACAAUACAUGUCCAUGACAACUCUCAACCAUCUCUCCUGUACUAAGCAAUCUCAUCGCACCUCUCUUCUCGGUCUCUCUAAGUCCUCCCAGAAUCUUGGGAUCUCAUCCAACGGUCCAUAUUUAUUCUCUCGUUCAACUUCCACUCCCAAGAACCUCACUUUGACUCGUGCUCUCUCCCAGAACGGAAAUAUAGAAAACUCCAAAUCAAGUAAAAUUCAAGAACUGAGCGUAUACGAGCUCAACGAGUUAGACCGACACAGCCCAAAAAUCCUGAAAAACGCCAUGAGCCUAACUGGAAUAUUCGAAGGUGCUUACGGACAGGUCAAGCUUCAACAGCUUGUGUUUCCGACAAAGCUGUUCUACACUUUUUACCUCAAGGGUCUUGCUGGUGAUUUGCCAUCGGAGCUCACCGGAACUCCGGUUCCUCCCUCGAAGGAUGUGGAGCCUGCGCCAGAAGCUAAGGCAUUGGAGCCUAUGGCAGUUAUUAGUAACUAUACUAAUUAA